AUGAGUAGCGACAAAGUGACCGUCCGUAUCCCCGAAGAAUUGCCGGUGCUAAUGAAGAAAAAAUUUAAUUGCCGUGGUCGUGCUCACACUAUAGGGGAAAGUGUUGUUAAAUACAUUGAUCAUACCCAUGUACCAGAUAUCACGAAAAUCAAAUAUAAAGAAUUUGUCAAUGAAAUAAAAGAAGUAGCUAAGAUUUCACAAUUAACUGCACAUGCUGUUCUCGGAGUAGUUACAGCUAAAACUGAUAUUAAUAUUGUUAAUCAACUACCACCAAUCAACCAAUUAAAGUGUAUAGUACAACGUACAAGAAAACAAAUCAGUUCAGCACCACCUAAUCCAACAACAUUAUCUGAUCUAAGUAUUCCAGAUGAGUAUAAAAAAUCUGUAUGUGGUGAACCAUUUUUAUUAUACGAUAGUUUUGAGGAGAAUAUUGAUAAUAAACAAAUUUUAUUGUUUUCAACGUUAAAAAAUUUAGAAAUAUUACAGAAUAGUUAUUAUUGGUUUGCCGAUGGCACAUUUUUGUGGGGGUUUCAUCGAUUCCGCCAGACCUUUUUAUACUUGGGUACAAGGCUUAUCGAUUCCGCCAGCAUCGAUUCCGCCAGUGCAGGCAGUCUAAAAACGACCUAUCGAUUCCGCCAGGGAAAAAUAAUCUUCCCGGACAUUUUAGUUUUAUUUUACUUACAAAGCUAUAGGUAUUAUAAAUAUUAUAUGAAAUACCUGUAUAAAAUUGUUAUCGCCAAUUGAUGAUAAUCUAACUUGUAAUGAUGUGAAAAACGACUAAUAGUCAUGUCCUACGCUAAUGUGGUUAGUCUCAAUUUAUCAUCGUGUCAUUAUACUUCGCAAUAAUGAAUUUCGAAAUCGUAGCUGGUGAACGAGAAAAUGACUUAGUUAUUUAUCAAAAUGAAAAAUUUAUUAAAAGAUUAUGAGGCUAAAAAAAUUAACCGCUCACAUUUCAUU